AUGGCGACAAUAAUUCUGGAUAAUAUAAAAGUACAUUAUCCAUAUUCUAGUCAAUUGUUAUGGUCAAUUGUCGUUCACAAAAGUUCACAUAAACCCAAUUUGUGCGGACACAGCGAAAGAUCAAACCUCAAACAUAGGUGGAUUUUGGAAGAAAAGUUUUCUCAAAUCAAUGUGCCAUGUACUAAAAUUGCCUUCUUGGAAAUGAAUGAACUUGGUCGUCAAAUCCACAAUAAAGAGAAAUUCCACGAAACUCGCAGGAAUAAAUCAUUAGUUGAUGCUACACGUGUGACGGGCUGUGACACUGAGAAUUAG